CAAAAAACUUAACGUAUAACAAUGGGUUCUCUCUCGGAGAUUGUGGAGGACUGCAUGGGUUUCCUCCAGCUGUACAGCGACGGCACCGUUUUCCGCCUCAAAGACAUCAACUUCAACACCCCUGUCGUCCACGACAACUCCGUCCUCUUCAAAGACUGUGUUUUCGACGAGAAACUCAACCUCCGUCUGCGCAUGUACAAACCCACGUCAGCAAAAUCCAUUUCUGGCACUUGUGAUUAUAAGCUCCCAAUCAUCGUCUACAUACAUGGCGGGGGCUUUUGCUUUGGCUCCUGCCAAUGGCCCAACUCUCACAACUGCUGCGUUCGGCUGGCGUCCGGGCUCGGCGCGGUUGUCAUCUCUCCGGACUACCGGCUGGCGCCUGAGCACCGGCUUCCGGCCGCCAUGGACGACGCUAUGAGUGCGUUGAGGUGGCUGCAGAGGCAGGCUUUGAGCGAGAGUGGCGGCGGCGGCCGCGAUGCAUGGCUGAGUGGUGGCGCGGUUGACUUUGGAAGGGUUUUUGUAGCCGGGGACUCGUCUGGAGGGAACAUUGCACACCAUUUGGCUGUCCGGUUCGGUACCGGUUCGACCGAGGUAGAUCCGGUUCGCGUACAAGGUUAUGUGCUGUUGGCGCCGUUUUUUGGUGGAGAGAUCAGGACCAAGUCAGAGGAGGGUCCGAGUGAGGAAUUCUUGAGCUUGGAGAUACUUGACAGGUUCUGGAGGCUGUCAAUGCCAGCAGGGCAAAAUAGAGACCACCCAUUGGUGAACCCGGUGGGACCAGGCAGCUCGAGCCUUGAAAAGGUAGGUCUAGCCCCGAUCCUAGUCAUCGUGGGGGGAAAUGAAUUGCUGAAAGAUAGAGCGGAGGAGUAUGCGAAGAGGUUGAAAGAAGUAGGGAAGAAAAUUGAGUACGUGGAGUUUGAGGGAAAGCAACAUGGUUUCUUUACAAACCAUCCCUUCUCAGAAGAUGCAGAUGAAGUCAUCCAGCUUAUCAAACACUUCAUGCUCGAAAAUUCUAGCUGGGAGAUUUAGAUUAAUCUUAAUUAUAAGUAUUAUUAUGUAUUUAGUGAUGAGAUUGUGGGUGUAAAUAAAAGUGUUCGGGAAUGGGAACACUACUAAAAAAACAAACGGUCAUUAGCGUCGUUUUUAUUAAUUAGCGUCCUCGUUCGGUUCCGUUUGAAAUAAACCCUAGUUUUUUUUU